AGCAGAUAAAGCUGUGCUCUCUUCCUCUGGGUUUCAAGCUGAUGUGAAAGCUCUUCAGAAAGUUCUCAAGUCAAGGCACUUGGUUUAUCAGCAUCAGCAUAACAAGCAGAUGAGUUGUCCUGCAAUGGCUCAGCUUCUCUCCAACACGCUUUACUUCAAGCGGUUUUUUCCUUACUAUGCUUUUAAUGUUCUUGGUGGGCUUGAUGAGGAAGGAAAAGGUUGUGUCUUUACUUAUGAUGCUGUGGGGUCUUAUGAGAAGGUUGGAUACAGUGCUCAAGGCUCUGGUUCCACUCUCAUUAUGCCUUUCCUUGAUAAUCAGCUCAAGAGUCCUAGCCCGCUCUUGCUUCCUGCCCAGGAUGCUAUCACACCUCUUAGUGAACCUGAAGCAGUUGAUUUGGUUAAGACUGUGUUCGCUUCUGCCACUGAGAGGGAUAUCUACACUGGAGACAAGCUUGAGAUUAUGAUUCUCAAGGCUGAUGGGAUUAGGACAGAAGUCAUGGACUUGAGGAAAGACUAA